AUGGCUGCUCCGAUUUGCAUUCGAGCAGCGACUCACCGCUUACUGACAACGCCCGCGAAGGAGCUUCCGUCGAUUGCGACCUACAUUGCGACAGCUGUCGCUGAUUGUGGAAGUAUAUUAUCGGUGCCUCAAAGUCAGAAAAAAGUUUCUAGGGAGUCACACAAUGCAUUGCUGGUGCAGAAAUUGAAAACCCGCAUUACAAAUCUCUUACAAGAUCAGAGCGUUGAAGGGCGGUGGACCGGAGUUAUACUUGUUAAGGCAAUGAUAGAAGCGGGACAAUGGGAGAUUCUCCGUGGCUGCGAAGCUUGGGUUCGGGGCCUUCUAGGUAUUCUAGGGAGAUCCGAUCCUCUGUCAACUAAAAAGCUCUCCCUCAUUACUUUGACGCGCAUAUUCCGACUGACUUAUCCAUACCAAACCUUGGUGCGAGAAAUAACCACACCGUCACUGCCCACUUUUAUUACAUCUUGUUUGAAUUUGGUUUCUGUGAAACCAAUAGAUGGGCAAGCGAGACAACUGAAAAGAAUUAAUCCAUUGCUUGACACCGUUCUGCGUGUAUUUCUCGAGUUGCUCCCCCAUCAUCCUACCAUUUUUCGUCCAUUUUCGUCGCAAAUCCAUGGCCUGAUAUUGCCCCUCAUUGCGCCGUUCGGCGUUUCUGGUUCACUAUCAAGGUCGGGCAUACGCCUGGCCCAACGGCUUUUCAUCACCCUACAUCAAUGUGCACCUAAGAAUACUGGCGGAGAAGAAUGGCUUAAGGCUUGUAGGUCUACAAUAUCGUCCCUACAUCAGACAAGUGAUCACUUGUUCCGAGGUGUUGUGGAACAGUGGGAGUCUGUUGAUACCACUUUACGCCGCCCAUCUAGACCAAAAAAUUACGAUCAUCCGGUUGGAGAUGGUCAUCCCGAUGCGCUUGGGUCUCCAACCUGGCAAGGUAUAUACGCUGGUACUGAGAAGUUAGAAAACCUUUUGAAGUUGCUUACUGAAUUCGUUUCAAUGCAAACUAGCUCCACAGUAGCAAUUCCGUUAGGGUCCAUACUUGAUUUGUCCAGUCGUUUAGUCUCAGUGACCACCCCAUCAUCAGAUGACGCCUCACAGUGUGUGACAGAUUUAAAUCCCGAAGUUGGCCGGGAAGAAAGGGAGAGCCUUUGGGCUGAGUUACCCCGGCUUCAUAUUGCGGUUCUAGAUCUUUUGCGCACUAUCGUUGAAAGAUUGGGCCUAGGAAGCAUCCCGAUUGCCCAAAGUUGUCUUGAGCAAACUCUUUGGAUAUUUGAAGCCGAACACAGCAAUAUUCACAUACGCAUUGCCGUUUACAAAGUGUUAAAUACUCUGCUGCCUAUUAUUGGUCCAUCCAUCAUAAAACCUGGUGUAACGCCCUUGGCAUCAAUUAUCCGAUUCGCGUGCCAGGACCUCUUACCGUCCUCUACAAGCAAGGCUGUGGGUGAUAAUCAACCUAUUAAUGGAAAAUCUGCUGCGAAGCCAAAUCCAACGACAAGCAAUGUGGACUCUUUCCUGAAUAUAAACCACAAAGCUAGCAUUGACGCGGAACAUCCCCUUCCGGGUCUGAAAAGUGCGGCUGCAGAUCUUCUCACAAGUCUCCUCACAUUCCUCCCGGCUGAACACACUCCCACAUAUCUCCGAACGGAAAUCGAUCGCACAGCGAUCAUAACGAAGAAAGAAUCUAUUAUGAUGGCUAGCGUCCUCAACCCCGUGCCAGCAACAUCUAAUGGCUUCAAUACCCCAAGCAUUAUGCCGUUCCUCACUCGAGGUUUCUCGGAAUUGCCUGGAGUUGAGUCAUUUCUACGGCCGAGAAUGCCGGUCCUAAUAGGAGACUCACAGUCAAACGAAUGGGAAGUAGCUAAUGGAGAAGACGACUCUGAACCGAGGUCGGUGACCGCAUUGGUGCCGUCAUCAGAUGCGGUGCCUGAAGAACUUACAAGGCCACUAAAUAAACGAGCGUUGGAUGAUAUUCUAACGACUGAUGAGCAACCAACACCCCCAUCGGAAUCUCAGAAUCUUUUACCUUCGCAUACCAAAAGAAUACGUGUUGAAGCGGUGCAAUCACACAGCUACAGUCACCCAGCGAGGGUAGUUGCGAGACAAGUAGUACCUGCUGAACCCCCAAAGGAAAGGGUCACGAAUUUUGAUACGCCUGCGCCCGCUAUUCAAUUGACUUCCGCACAAAAUUUUAACUCUGCAGCAACUGGUACAGAGAAAGUCGAGAUAAGGAAUAACGAUGGUGCGGGGGAAGGUGAUGGCGAAUCCGAUGAUGAAAUCCCCACCCUGAAUAUUGAACCGGACACCGACGAGGAUGACGAGGAAGGAGAAUGA